CGCUAACCGAAGCAACAAACAGAGCAUUUUUCAGUACAGAUGGAUGCCAAAAAAGCAAAAGAAAAUGGUUGUUUUCUAUUUUUACACCGAGCUGGAGCAGCGGUCAGGCACCGAAGACCGAACAGAGACGAGAGCGUCCUUUUCUUUCUUUGCUUCAUUUUCCCUAUCUUCCUUCGUUCCUCUCUCUCUAUCAACUUGCUUUUAGAAAAGCAGAGAAGAGCGGCCUAAAACCCCAUUACGCCAUUCCUUUUUUGAUUCUCCUUCUCUCCACAGUUAUUUCAUUACAUUCCUACUUACUUUUCCAUCUCUCUGGCUCUGAAACAAACCCAACACACUGAAUUCAUUCCUGUCUGCCUUGCAUGAAGUGUUGCUAGCUAGCAACUACUUUUUUUCUUCUGGGUUUUUGGCCCUCUCUGCCAUUUGUCCUUGCUUUUCUUUCUGUAAGUUCUUCCAUUUUUUCUACCCAUUUGCAUUUCUUUUCCUUUUCCUUUUUUUUCCAGCUUGUUCUUCUUCUGGGCUGCAUUCUUUUCUGGAAAUUUUUUAUAAUUGAAUUUGACAGACCUGAAGUGGGGAAUGAGCAGGCUGGAGAUUAUGCUUCCUCCUUUUUUUUCUUCUUCUAGUUUUGCUAACUUGAGCUGAGACUUCCUGCCUGCAUUUUACAAAGGACAGUGUUUUCAAUGCAACUUGUUUGAUUUCCAUUCACCUGUAUUAUAUAGUUAUGGAGCUUUGAGUUUGGUAAAGUUUUCGUUUGGGUUCAUAAGAAGAAUGUCCCUUCUAGUGUGCAAUGAUAAAGGGCAUUCAAAAGUUUGGAUCUUUUUUUGGAUGAUAGGAAAUGAAAGUUUAAAAACAUUGGUUUAGAUCACCUACGCCACCAACUCUUUGGUUUCCCCUUUCUUUUUAAUUGUGAUCUUCAAUAUUUAGUCCUUUCAAUUGGAGCCAACAACUACCCCUUACUAGUUCUUUGUUUUUCCCCCUUGGCUUUGCAUCAGCUUGAUUCCAGUUUACAUUCAAAUGCAUGCUUAUUUUGAUGCUGGGAUUUCAGUGAUGUGCUUGAAUUUGUCUUCUUUAACAUAUUGGACAGACAAUGGAAUCUGCAUGUAAUGUGAUUCUUUACUUCAUGAGCUCAAGAAAUGUGCAAUGUUGCUUUUACAUUAUACUGGCAUGUUUCUUUUCCUUUGCUCUUAUGCUGUCCUGUUGAUGAAUUAGGGGAACAAGUUCGAUUUUAGACCCGAUCUAUAAUGACCAAGGUUAGUCCCCUCGGAGGGCAGAUGAUGGCAAUGGAGAUCUUCCUUCCAGUUUCAGCUGAUGUCAGCUUCCCUUUGGACCGGUUUCCAAAGUACAAGCUAGGACCUGAGAAUCAGGUAGUGGAAGAGCCAAAAGAGGAUGAAAAGGGACCAUCUUUGAAGGACAUUGUUGAGCAGGAGACAACACAGCUCUCAGAUCAGCAUAAACGCCUCUCGGUUCGCGACCUCGCCAGUAAAUUCGACAAUAACUUGUCUUCUGCUGCAAAGUUGACUGAGGAGGCGAAACUUAGGGAAGUGGCUUCUCUGGAUGGGCAUGUGCUUUUAAAGAAGUUGAGAGAUGCAUUAGAAUCCUUAAGAGGACGUAUGGCAGGGAGAAACAAAGAAGAUGUGGAGCAGGCUAUCUCUAUGGUGGAAGCAUUGGCUGUGAAGUUGACUCAAAAAGAAGGUGAACUAAUUCAGGAGAAGUUUGAAGUGAAAAAGCUUGCAAACUUUCUUAGACAGGCUUCAGAAGAUGCUAAGAAGUUGGUAAGCCAAGAAAGAUCGUUUGCAUGUGCUGAAAUAGAAAGCGCCAGGGCCGUUGUUCAGAGGUUUGGGGAGGCCUUAGAGGAAGAAGAAAGGAAUGCUCAAACUUCUAAAAAUGUGUCUCCGAAUGUGGAAGUACUACUUGAGGAGGUUCAAGAGGCUAGAAGAAUCAAGUUGCUUCAUCACCCGAGCAAGGUGAUGGACAUGGAGCAUGAACUGGGUGCACUUAGAGCUCAAAUCCGCGAGAAAGCCAUCUUCUCUGUGAAACUUCAGAAAGAGCUAGCAAUGAGCAAAAGAGUAGAGGAGAACAAAUUAGCAAUAUACAGAAUUGAAGGUUCGGAAAAUCUCGGUUCGUGUUUGCGUCUCCAUCCUCGUAUUAGCGAUGCUCCAUUACUUUCAAAAUGCUCGAUUCAGUGGUACCGUCUCUCAUCUGAAGGGAGUCACAACGAAGUCAUUUUAGGCGCUGAAAAGCCAAUAUAUGCUCCUGAACCACUUGAUGUUGGCCGGGUCCUUCAAGUCGAUGUGGUUUCAAACGGCCAGAACAUUAGCAGUGUAACGACCGCUGGUCAUAUCGAGCCAGCUCCAGGACUUAUGAGCCAUGUAGAGGCACUCCUGCGAAAAUCUAGUGCUGAAUUUAGUGUGACAAUUUCUCAAAUCAAUGGACAAGACAAUCCAUCACAGUCGGUCCAUUCGUUUAAUGUGGGGAAGAUGAGGAUAAAACUUUGUAGAGGAUGGAUAACAAAGGCGAGAGAAAUUUACUCAACAUCCAUGCAGUUAUGUGGAGCUCGAGCGAUCUGUAGCAAUGCUGCCUCAAAGUCACUGUUCUGGCAACCGAGAAAAGGGCUCUCCUUUGUGCUGAAGUUCGAGACAGAGCAAGCGAGGAAUGCAGCCAUUACGAUCGCCAGAAAGUUCUCUAAUGAUUGCAAUGUGUGGCUUUAG